AGAUGAAAUUAUUUCCAAGUUAAAAUCGUGGAAAGCUCCGAAACCUUGACGAUUUCAUGCUUUUGAACUUAAUUGAAAUUAAAGUGAUAAAUUUUUUUAUAUUUUUUGUAAGACUUAUAUACCUGGUUUCAGUGAAUUUGUGUUGCUUGGGCCAUUUCGUUGGACCAAACUUUUCAGUCUUCGGUGUUAUCUUUAAAGUUUACUCAACGGAAAGAAACGAAGCGGGGUUCGAUUGCUACGUCUUGCUUAUCCAUCAAAGAUUUUGGCUUCACUAAACCCAAGGAACCCAAAAUAAAUCGUAAACUUGCCUUCCGAAAUCGCUCGUGCUUGGAGGACCUCUUAGCUUUCUUAUUCCAUUCAAGUCCAAUUUCCGACUAUCAACUUAUCUCUUAACCCCAGCAACUGUCCUAAUAUUAUCAAAACUCAAUUACAACAACAAACUUCUACUGUAUUUCUACAACGCCUUAAAAAGUUUGGCACUAAGCAUGCAACCGCACUACCUCAACGCUGACCUAACCAAGUCAUUUCUGGAAGUGCAGCCCUACGUUGUGCCCGCCGUAGUUAGGUCCCCCGCUGCCACCCUCGCGGCCGCCGCCGUAUACGCUGCGCAGGAGCGGCCAGUCAUUGUGAAGGGUGUCAAGAGACUACAGUUCUUCCUGUUCAGCAUCAGUUGUCUACUCCUAAUAUCUGGCAUUGGCGGGGAGGCAAUGGCCAGUUUUACCCGCUACUUGAGGUCUCUCAAGUGGACCCCUUUGCCGCUUGGUGUGGGUUUUGCUGUCAUUGCUGCCACUCAGUACAGACACACACGGAAGAGAGAAGAGCAACGCCUGGCUGCCGAGGGGGCUGCUUGCAUAGCAAGACCUUGGGAAGUGCAGGUUUAUAAGCUACUUCCCUUGCGGCACUUUUCCAGAUUUUGGGGAUGGAUUAAUGAUAUUGAAUUACCUCUCUGGUGUCGCUCAACGGUUCUGGGCUCCUAUGUUCGAACAUUUGGCUGUGACAUGACUGAAGCCGAGGUCGAGGACAUCUUGCAGUACAACUCGCUGUCAUCGCUGUUCCGACGGUCGCUUAAGCCUUCGUCACGUCCCGUGAACGCCGCGUCUGCGCUCACCAGCCCUGUUGACGGCACCAUCCUGCAGGCUGGACGGGUCUCCUGUGGAACGCUCCACCAGAUCAAGGGCGUGACAUAUUCCCUGGGGUCGUUCUUGGGCCCCAACAUAUGGUCUGGGGUUAGCCCUGACGACGGGGCUACAGCUGACGACUCCUGCUACCACAACUCUUGUAUCACAGACCCUGACGCCAACGAAUUACAUCAGGUGGUUCUGUACCUUGCGCCAGGCGACUAUCACAGGUUUCAUUCCCCUGCCGACUGGAAGGUAAUUCACCGUCGUCAUUUUCCUGGCGAACUUCUGAGCGUCAAUCCAAGCUUUGCGGCUUGGAUUCCAAACUUGUUUGUUCUGAACGAGCGCGUCGCCUACAUCGGCACUUGGAAGUACGGCUUCUUCUCAAUGACAGCCGUCGGCGCUACAAACGUCGGCUCCGUCAAAACUUACUUCGACGAAGACCUGCGAACCAAUGAACGAUGCCGGCCCUCAUGUACAUUCAGUGACAAAACGUUUGAAGGUCCCGGUCAUAAUUUCACAUUCAGCAAAGGGGCGCCUUUUGGAGAAUUCAAUCUUGGUUCGACUAUAGUCUUGCUUUUUGAAGCUCCAAAGAAUUCUGUGAUGAGUGUACUUCCUGGUCAAAAAAUCAAAAUGGGUGAAGCUUUAUUAGCUCCUGAAACCUUCACUGAUAAAACUGCAGGAUCGGAUAAAGAUUGCGUCCACAACAAAGGGGUUGAACGGUGAUGCUGUGAUCUUUAGAUAAUUUAUUUACUGUGAAUGUUUUGAAGUUUUAUUGUUAAUGAAUGAACCUCUAUAAAUUUACGCGAGUGAUGUUAGUCAUUUCCUUGUCCGUAAGUUAUUAGAACAAAUCUGCUUACUGAAUAGACAAUGAUUCUUGUGUUGUUUAUAAAAUUAUUGGUAUAGAAUUUUGUGUUAGUGCCACGAUUGGACUGGAAAUCUAAGGCUGCUUUUUUGCAGGGCCCGAAACUCUAAUUAAAUUUUCAACAGUAAGGCUCCCUUGAAUCCAGUGUUCGGUGAAUGAGGUCAAUUUUACCUAGUUGCGUUAAAAUGUAGUAAUUUCCUCCCUAAUUUCGGUUUAAGCUACUGAAAUGAAUCAAAAUCUUGAAUUCUUGCGUUCUGUUAGCUGACAGGACCAUUGCCUAGAGCAUUUAUAUGUGCUGUGUCAUUUUUAUUUAUAUAUUAGUUUGAUAUCAAUUCGUAGUCAAUUCAUUGGACAGACGGUACGAGGGUCAGGGUGGAAUUCUACAGUACUAUUUUAAAUCAUUUUCACCCAGUUGCUCAAUGGACUGAAUAACCUGGGCGGUUUCGUUGAAAAAAAAUGCAGCCAUUGUAAUAUCUGCCUACCUGUAUCAGUUUUCUUCUUCACCCCUAAAACUAAGCCCUGCUAAUGUUUGUUGACGCAGGCAUGAAUUUUGGUUAGCUCCUCUAGUCAUCUAAGUCAUAUUAGGUUAUGUUAAUGAGAUGGCAUUCUAGCUCUACGGAUUAAGUCUGAGCCUUUGAGUUUUGUUGAGUGAUGUUAUGUAUGAUGAGGAGAGAAUGAUGUAUUAGAUUUUCAGUAUGAGUAAAUGAAUCCAAAUCCUCAGCCCAAACUUGAAUGUUUGAUGAAUAAAUCGACGAAAAGUGCACUCUUUGCAGUAGAAGCUUCGAUGGCAGUUGCUUGACCAAAGUAAGGAUCGAAUUAGCUUGGCUGUAUCAAUUGUUCCAUGUACUAUCAUAUAAAAUUGACCAAUUUCGAGUCUCAUGAUCUAAUAGCAAUUUUGUGCAGUCUAGUUCGCUGUAUCACCAUUGUUCUUGAUGUAGGUGUUAUCUAUAACUAUGUACUCGGAUAUCUCGAUAGUUGUCUUUCGUGUCGCACUAUUACAGUGAAUAGAUGUUCGACUAAGACGCAUUUUGAACGAGCGCACUGGACCAUCUCAAGGUCAAUUCAUUUUAAAUAUUAAAUUGGCGAAAAGAACUGACGCAACCUAACAUUCCUCUAGAUCUGCACGUCGGUCGGUGUUUUUCGGCAAAUGUCUUUUAGUUUUUGGUACUUAUUGUGAAUUUGGUCGAGCUAUGUGUGGCACGAAGGCGCUCCACCUUAGUGAACCUGCCUGCAUCUUUACCCAGUGCCGGCAAUUUAUCGUCGUUUGCUUGGGAAGUAUCCUGUAGUUACAUAACUGCUCCGAUAACUUGGGCACAUGAACAAGGGAUUAAUCGACAAUUUUGCAAGUUGAUUGUGAUAGACGGAAGGGUUAUGAAUGACUAAACGCAGGCGUCAAGUGACCUGUGAUAAGGAAACGAGCAUUUUUUAGGUUAAUUUUAUACAUAUGUUUGUAAUGAAGAACUUUCUAGCUACCUCCAUCUUGACAUGGACUGUCAAUGCUACCUAACUAAUCGUGCUUGACUUUCUCGCUUUCAGCGUCAUAUUUUUCAACGAUCAUUAAUCUCGUGAUGAGAUAUUUUUCUUUUCAUUCAGUGUUUCUAAUAUAUUCAAAUAUUCAGGCCAUGCAAGUGUAUUGAAGAAUGCUAAAUUUAACCAUUUUAGGGGGACCUUAGUCCCCCCUGAAAGCAUCGUCCUUUUUCGGGCACUGGAAUAAAAAGUUAUAUUCAUUCAUCGACUAUUGCUUAGAAUUUCGCAGUUCAGUUUUUUAUUAUUUAAAGUUUUAUUAAAUCUUACGCAGAUCUGUGUACACGGAAACUUGUCUUGCCGCUGCUUACUUGACCAUUGCAAGUCGUAAUAUUGAAUGUUAUAGAAAACUGCGUAACGUACGAAUGAAUAUAAAGUUCGACUAUUCGUUCCUAAUUUAGCGAAGAACAAUAAUUCGUAAUAGUCAAUAUGCGAUUAGGGUAGAUUAGGUAUUCGCCGAAUUUAGUUGGGCGUUUGGUUGAUUACCGAAAUGAAAGGAAACGACCAAAUUUGAUAAGAAUUACGUCAUCUGCGAUCUUACAGCUAGUCGAGGCUUUAAACUUGACAGCGUUUAAACUCGUUUUUCGAUCUCGGCAAAACUUGAAUAACUUCCCAAUUUGUGAACUUGUGCUAAUCAAUUCAAUCCUAGUGAGAAAGACUAGUCCAGUACCAGCAUUUGGACUUGAUUUAUGCUCUCAAUUAAUGCUUCAAUAGUGUCUCAGAAAGGUGCAGCUCUGACGUGACCAUGUAAAUACAAUAAAUGUUGGAAUCUAA